AUGGAGACAUCGAACAGACAAUUGAAAAGAAUUCCGGAGCUCACUGUGAAUGUAUCUCACAAGGAUUGGUCAAAGAAAUUAGACGACGCUUUAUGGGCAUAUCACACUGCUUACAAAACACCUAUUGGAAUGUCCCCAUAUCGACUAGUAUUUGGAAAAACAUGCCACCUACCAGUGGAGUUUGAACAUAGAGCAUAUUGGGCAUUGAAGCAGUUAAACAUGGACCUCGAAAAGGCUGGAGAAACAAGAAUACUACAGCUACAUGAAUUGGAAGAAUUCAGAAGAGAAGCAUAUGAGAAUGCAGCCAUUUACAAGGAAAGGAAAAAGCAAUGGCAUGACAAGAACAUCAGAUGGUCCGGCCCUUUCACGGUCUCUCAAGUGUUUCCCUACGGCACAAUUGAAUUACACCAUCCAACAAAGGGAAACAUCAAAGUAAAUGGCCAACGUAUCAAGCACUACUUGGAAGAUUUCCCCACCGCUAAAGAGAACCUUAACCUGGCUGUACCAGAAUAA